AUGUCAACAACUAAGAAAGCUGAAGCUUAUCCUCCUAGAGAAUUAAGCAAGGAUGUUCCCUCAAAACUGUUAGUAGCGGAGUUUGAAAAAAAGGGCGGUGUAGCAGCCAUAGAUAAAAAUGUAAUUAAAAGAAUAGUUGAAUUUUACAACCAAGACAAGCCUGUUCCUGAGUUGAGCCAAGAUGAAGGUGGCAGAUACCUUCACAUUAUGCUAAUUAAAGAUUUAAAAAUUGAAAAUAACAAAAAGGAUGAUAAAAGUUAUAUCGUGACCUUGAUGUAUAGCCAAAAUUUUGGCAAAACGGUAGCGGAGGAAAUGAAACCCAAAAUUGAAAAUGCGAUAAAAACCGACACUUUGGAUGGUUAUAGAGAAUUAGAUAAGGAAUGGGGACAGAAUAAAGUGGAUUCAGAGGGACAAACUGCUGUUUCUAAAUACGACCAAAUUAAAGAAUACUUGAUUACUAAUUAUUUUGGCGAACAAAG